AUCAUUUCCUGUUAGGUCACAUUGUUGCUGCCACAGUUUGGAAGAAAUGGCGGACAUGGAUGACUUGUUCGGGAGUGAUGGGGACAGCGACAAUGAGCAGCAAGCAGUGUCUGUCUCUGGUUCAGACUCGGAGCAGGAGAGACCCCGAUCCGCCAGCAACGCCUCGGGCAGCGGCAGCGGCAGUGGCAGUGAGAGGGAACGGGACGAUGAGGACGGCCGGGAGACAGGAAAAGCCAGCAUUAAUAAGGAGCUGUUUGGAGACGACAGUGAGGACGAGCAGCGCAGUCAGCACAGUCCUCGCAGUCAGCACAGUCCUCGCAGUCAGCACAGUCCUCGCAGUCAGCAAAGUCCUCGCAGUCAGCACAGUCCUCGCAGUCAGCACAGUCCUCGCAGUCAGCACAGUCCUCGCAGUCAGCGCAGUCAACGCAGCGGCAGCGACAACCAGUCUGAGCGCUCGGGGAACCAGUCAGAGGCCAGCAUGCACUCAGACCAGGGGGAUCACUCCGAAGCAGAGCAGCACAGCGGCGCAGAGCAGCACAGCGGCGCAGAGCAGCACAGCGGCUCAGAGCGCGGCCGUCAAGACGAGGAUGAAGACGAAGAGGAGAGGGGCCACCAGUCGGACAGAGGAAGCCCGGCUGGCAGCGCGAUGUCUGGAGGGGGAAGCCCUCGCUCCGAGAGGGGCAGUGCCCGUUCAGACAGAAGUGUGCACAGCGAGCCUGGGACUCCGCAGUCUGCGCCAGGCACACCUCACAGUGAUGGAGAAGCUUCUGCCAGGGAGAACCAGUCAGAGGAUGAGAAGUGGGGAGGAGCGGCUAAGAGCGACCAGUCGGAGGACGAGGGGGAGAAACGUCAUUACUCUGAAGAAGAAAGAGAGAACUCUGAUGACGAGGGGCCGAGGAGCAGGAAGUCAGGUUCUCCUAAGGGCAGUGAUAGCGAAGAUGAUUUUCUAAGACAGAAGCCCAAAGCAAAAAUCGCCUCUGAUUCAGAUUCAGACAGUGAUGUUGGAACAAAAAAAGUAAAGAAGACGGCAGCAGAUGACCUCUUUGGAGAGGCUGAUGACAUUUCUUCAGACAGUGAUGCAGAGAAGCCUCCGACCCCGGGUCAGCCCCUGGAUGCAGAUGAUGGGAUGGACGGGGAUCAUCCAGAAGAGGAGCAUGCCCCCGAAACCCGCAUCGAAGUAGAGAUCCCAAAAGUCAGCACAGACCUGGGAUCUGACCUUUACUUUGUCAAGCUGCCCAACUUCCUGUCUGUGGAGCCCAGACCCUUUGAUCCUCAGUACUAUGAGGAUGAAUUUGAGGAUGAAGAAAUGCUGGAUGAGGAGGGAAGGACCAGGCUGAAGCUGAAGGUGGAGAACACGAUUCGCUGGAGAGCCAGGAAAGACGAAGAGGGAAAUGAAAUACGAGACAGCAAUGCACGCAUUGUGAAAUGGUCUGAUGGCAGCAUGUCCCUCCAUCUUGGGAAUGAAGUGUUCGAUGUUUACAAGGCUCCUCUCCAGGGAGACCACAACCACUUGUUCAUCCGACAGGGUACAGGACUGCAGGGACAGGCUGUGUUCAAAACCAAACUCACAUUCAGGCCCCACUCCACAGACAGCGCCACCCACAGGAAGAUGACUCUGUCUCUGGCUGACCGCUGCUCCAAGACCCAGAAGAUCAGAAUCCUUCCCAUGGCUGGACGAGAUCCAGAGUCCCAUCGUAAUGAAAUGAUCAAGAAAGAGGAGGAGCGGCUGCGAGCGUCCAUCCGCAGAGAGUCGCAGCAGAGGAGGAUGAGGGAGAAGCAGCACGCUAGAGGCCUGAGCAGCAGCUACCUGGAGCCCGACCGCUACGAUGACGACGACGAGGGCGACGAGACAAUCAGUCUGGCAGCCAUCAAGAGCAAAUUCAAGGGAGGCGGAGGUCUCAGAGAGGACCGAGCCAGGAUCUACUCCUCAGACAGUGAUGAAGGCUCCGAUGAUGACAAGGCCCAGAGGCUGAUGAAGGCCAAGAAGCUAGACAGCGAUGAGGAGGGCGAGGGAUCCAGUAAGAGGAAGGCAGACGACGGCGACGACGGCGAAGAAGUGGCUACCAAAAAGGCCAAGAAAUAUGUUAUCAGCGAUGAAGAAGAUGAGGACGACGAGGAGGAGGAGGAGGCGGCGGCGGCGGUGGCGGCAGUAGUAGAAGAAGAAGAAGAAGAGGUGGAGGAAGAAGUGGAGGAAGAAGUGGAGGAAGAAGAGGAUGACGAAUGAUAUUUUUUGUUGUUAUCAUUCCACUGUAUUAUCAGUGCUCAGCCCACGUGGCAUAUAAACAGCCAUAUUUUGUUUUGUAUAUUUUCUUAAGAUCUGUGUGUGGGAGAGUGUGUUUGUUUGUGUGUGAGAUUGUGUGUCUGCUUGUUUGUUAUGUACAGCAGAGGUGUGAAAUAAAGAAAUGGUUGUCUUAUGUAA